AUGAAAGGUGCUCCUCAGAUACCUCCAGGGUUUUUUGAUGAUGCAUUGCGAGAGGCUAAUUUGCGCACUCAAUCCCAUGAGCCACAUAACCACGCCACUCCAGUGCCACGUCAACGCGCCCUCAGUCGCUUUUUCUCAUUCUUGCGCCACUUCAAGCCACAUAGGGAAACUGAUCCAGAUACCCAAUCCCGAUCCUACUCUCUCAGCUGGACUCGAAACCUAGUAUCUGGUAUACUACGCAAACGAGAUGGAUCGGACAUCCAGUCGCAAGAGGUUCCUUACACAGCGGGCAAGCCUAGGAACUAUCACGCAACAGGGAAGACAGCUGCUCGACCUCCCAAUACUCAUAUCACGCAGCAAACCAAUACAGCGACUCAGAGCACGCCACCAUCAUCACAUCAACCACCUUCCAUUGCCACUGCUUCGACAGUUUCUGCCGCUGCCGGUACCCCGGGGAAAAUGGGAGCACCCUCGCAUCCUCAUGUCACCGUUGCUGGAUGGCGCGCUCGUUUCGUGGGCUGGCUUUGCUUCGUGCCUGUUCAGAAUACAAACAGUCAACCAUAG